AAAGGAAAAGCACCAAGAAUUUUCGGGAAAAGGGAGGGACCUAAACACAAAGAGGACCAGCAGUACUACGGCGUCGCUCCCCCCCCCGCCCCUCUCCCCUUCCGAAACCCUCGCCGCCGCCGAAAUCCUCGCCGCGGCGGCGAUCACCGCUCUCCUCGAUGCUGGCGGGGCAAGCGGCCGGCGAAGCGCGGUCCGCCACUCGCGUAGGGCUCUGAAAGUCAAGAGCUUGGCUCCCUACCCUGCGCAGCUGAGCCCCGCGCCGCCGCAGCCUCCCGCCGGCGCCGCGAGGCAGUUCACGGCCGUCGCCGCAGCGCUGCCGUGCACUCCGUCUAGUGGAGUGCAGUUGAGAUCUUUGCAUCCGGACGUGGAUUGGUUCCUACCUUGGGGGCGUUGAUAAGGAGAAGUAGGUGACUCUCUCUUUCAUGGGGCAGCCUGGGAUGGACUCUGUUCAAGGGAGGGAGAGCAAUGGCAUUGUUUCUGACCGCAAUGAUGGUGCUUCUCCAGCUAACCAGCAGUUAGAAGGGAAGGAGGCAUUGCGGUACGCUAACAUCCUCCGGUCGCGCAAUAAAUUCGCCGAUGCGCUUCAGUUGUACAACGUUGUGCUUGAGAAGGAGGGCACCAAUGUGGAGGCCCUUAUUGGGAAAGGGAUUUGCCUCCAGGCACAGAACCUGCCAAGACAGGCCAUUGAGUGCUUCACAGAGGCUGUGAAAAUUGAGCCAGAAAAUGCGUGCGCUCUCACGCAUUGUGGGAUGAUCUACAAAGAUGAGGGUCACUUGGUUGAAGCUGCAGAGGCAUAUCAAAAAGCUCGAACGGCGGAUCCUUCCUACAAACCUGCUUCGGAAUUUCUAGCUAUUGUGUUGACUGAUCUUGGAACUAGCUUGAAGCUAGCGGGUAAUACAGAGGAGGGAAUUAAAAAAUAUUGUGAAGCUCUGGAAGUAGACAACCACUAUGCGCCUGCUUAUUACAACCUUGGGGUGGUUUAUUCAGAGAUGUUGCAAUUUGAUAUGGCUCUUACUUGUUAUGAGAAAGCUGCAUUGGAGAGACCAUUGUAUGCUGAAGCCUAUUGCAACAUGGGAGUUAUCUAUAAGAACCGGGGAGAGCUAGAAGCAGCAAUUGCCUGCUACGAGAGGUGCUUGACUAUUUCCCCCAACUUUGAGAUUGCUAAGAACAACAUGGCAAUAGCACUGACCGACUUGGGCACAAAGGUAAAAAUUGAAGGUGACAUCAAUCAAGGUGUGGCAUAUUACAAGAAAGCUCUGUUCUACAAUUGGCACUAUGCUGAUGCCAUGUAUAAUCUUGGCGUUGCAUAUGGUGAAAUGUUGAACUUUGAGAUGGCUAUUGUUUUUUACGAGCUUGCUCUGCACUUCAAUCCUCGCUGUGCGGAGGCUUGCAACAACUUGGGAGUGAUAUACAAGGAUAGGGAUAACCUUGACAAAGCUGUUGAAUGUUAUGAAAUGGCCCUGUCAAUUAAGCCAAAUUUCUCCCAGUCGUUAAAUAACCUUGGAGUUGUCUAUACUGUUCAGGGUAAGAUGGAUGCUGCUGCAAGCAUGAUUGAGAAGGCCAUAAUUGCAAAUCCCACAUAUGCCGAAGCAUAUAAUAACUUAGGUGUUCUUUACAGAGAUGCUGGAAGUAUUACUUUAGCCAUACAGGCUUAUGAGAGAUGCCUUCAGAUUGAUCCUGAUUCACGAAAUGCUGGUCAGAACCGUUUGCUUGCAAUGAACUAUAUUGAUGAGGGCUCAGAUGACAAGCUGUAUGAAGCUCACAGGGAAUGGGGCAAGCGCUUUAUGAAAUUAUAUCCACAAUAUACUAGUUGGGAUAACUCAAAAGUUGCUGAUCGCCCAUUGAUCAUCGGCUAUGUAUCUCCUGAUUACUUUACUCACUCUGUGUCAUACUUCAUUGAAGCUCCACUUACACACCAUGACUACACAAAUUGCAAAGUGGUUGUCUACUCCGGUGUUGUGAAGGCAGAUGCCAAGACACUUAGAUUCAAGGAUAAGGUGUUGAAAAAGGGUGGACUUUGGAGAGAUAUAUAUGGUAUUGAUGAAAAGAGGGUUGCUAGCUUGGUGAGAGAGGAUAAAGUGGACAUACUUGUGGAACUUACGGGUCAUACGGCAAACAAUAAGUUAGGAACAAUGGCAUGCCGACCUGCUCCUAUUCAGGUUACCUGGAUUGGCUACCCUAAUACAACAGGUUUGCCAACAAUUGACUAUCGAAUUACAGACCCAUUAGCGGAUCCACCUAGUACAAACCAAAAGCAUGUUGAAGAGUUGGCGCGCCUUCCUGAAAGCUUUCUUUGUUACACCCCUUCCCCAGAAGCUGGGCCCAUUUGUCCCACACCAGCAAUUUCAAAUGGUUUUAUCACGUUUGGGAGUUUUAACAAUCUAGCAAAGAUUACACCAAAUGUAUUGCAAGUUUGGGCCCGAAUACUGUGUGCGGUCCCUAACUCCAGGCUUGUGGUUAAGUGCAAGCCAUUUUGCUGUGACAGUAUCAGACAGAAAUUUUUGUCAACACUAAAGGAGUUGGGUUUGGAGUCAUUACGAGUUGAUUUGUUGCCACUCAUCCAUCUCAACCACGAUCACAUGCAAGCAUAUUCCUUAAUGGACAUCAGCCUGGAUACAUUUCCGUAUGCUGGAACUACCACUACAUGUGAAUCUUUAUACAUGGGGGUUCCAUGUGUUACAAUGGCUGGUUCAGUCCAUGCUCAUAAUGUUGGUGUUAGCAUACUCAGCAAAGUUGGGUUGGGGAGGCUGGUUGCUAAAACAGAGGAUGAAUAUGUCAGCUUAGCGUUGGAUUUGGCAUCAGAUGUCACUGCCUUGCAAGAACUGCGAAUGAGCCUCCGUGAGCUGAUGAUGAAGUCUGCAGUCUGUGACGGAGAGAAAUUCACACGUGGCCUGGAAGCUGCAUACAGAAACAUGUGGCGCAGGUAUUGUGAUGGGGACGUGCCAUCUCUCAGGCGCCAAGAAUUGUUACAGGAACAUCCAGUUGUCAAUAAGCAAGACUCGGACAAAACUGCCAAGAAGCUUGCAGGUCUGAAACCACAGAAAGCAAAUGUGACUGUGGAGGAAGAUAAGCAGCCCCCAAUAACGGUGACUGGUGUUAGUUCACCUGAUUCAUCCACUUCUGUGAAAUGUGAAGCGAAUGGUCACAUCAGCCGAUGACCAAGACGAUGGCACGCUCCAUUGAUGCAGACCAAAACUGAUCUACUGUAGCUUGAGAUACGCAAUUGAUAUUUGCACUCAGAUAGCUAUUGGGAGUCAACGCCGGGUGUCUCAUUUAUUGACACUGGUAAUGGAUAAGAGCACAUAUGUGCCAGUGCCAUCCGGUUGCGAAUCUUCGGUGACCUGUGACUUGUAGUAGCUAAUGUAAGAUAUAAUUCAUGGGGAAAGCUUAUAGAGUUGGAUUUGUAGAACUGUAUCCCCUCUGUAGGUUUAUGAUAUGAUAGCUUAAGUUGCAAUGUUAGAAACAAUAGAACAAGACACUGUUUGUAUAUGUAGAAACAUCACGGUGACACAACUUCUAGAGAGUCGAUUAACCGAGGCAAUUUCAACAGGCUGUGUGAUCCAUAUGUUCA